GUAUCCCAAUAACAAUAUCAUAGAUCAAACACUUGAAAAACUUGAUAAUAGUAUUCAGCUUACUGCAAAAUCAAUCACAUUCGCUACCGCUUCUCUCCGCAGCUGCUAUUUUGAAAAUGCCUCAUCUGUGCGUAAAUUCAAAAACCUUCGUAACUCAGCUACUAUCUCAGCAAAGAUAUACUGCACUAAGGUUAUGCCUUUCUAUAGAUUAGUCAUUCAAAACAUACAAGAAAUCCUCAAAAACUACAAAUAUCUUAGUCUUGAAGAUAUUAAAAAAGAUCUCGAUAAUUUGGUUAAAGAUGCAGGACUGAGUAUCCAAGUGUGUAAGUUUACAUUGGAACUUCAUAAAUAUAUUCUCACCGACUUCAAGAAAACACAUGAUGAGGCUUUUAAAGUUGAGAAAAAACUGCAACUUGCGGCUGAAAAUUUUAUAGAGAAAAAAGAAAAGCUUACACUCAAACAGAAGAUAACAAUUGGUCUUGCCAUUGCUG